CUCGUGGUCUCUCCAUUCCAAUCAAAUAUUUGAACAACAACAUCGUAAAAACAAGGAGAAAACAAAUUAAAAGACAAAGACAACAACUUAAUUUAGGGCAACAAAAUGUCGUGGCAAACAUAUGUUGAUGAUCAUUUGAUGGCUGACAUUGAAGGUCAGCAAGGUCACCAUCUCGCUGCUGCUGCUAUCCUUGGCCAUGAUGGCAGUGUUUGGGCUCAGAGUUCCACUUUCCCUAAGUUUAAACCAGAGGAAAUUACUAAUAUCAUGAAAGAUUUUGAUGAACCUGGACAUUUAGCUCCAACUGGUUUAUUCCUUGGCGGGGCAAAAUACAUGGUAAUCCAAGGAGAACCUGGCGCUGUCAUCCGUGGGAAGAAGGGAUCUGGUGGAAUAACCAUCAAGAAAACUAACCAGGCUCUGAUUUUUGGUAUCUAUGAGGAACCAGUGACCCCAGGACAGUGCAACAUGGUGGUUGAGAAAAUUGGUGACUAUCUUGUUGACCAGGGCUAUUAAAUUAAUUCCCUCUUUUAAAUUGAUUAUCGCAAAAUUGAAUUUUGUUGUAUUUGGUGAUUGCAUUUGUAUCUUCUAGGGCCAAAUUGGCACUGGAAUUUUUUUUCCUUUUUUUUCUUUUUUGGGAAAAUAACAAGCAUCAUGAGACAUUCUCUCUUUUAGGAUUGGUAUUUUCCAUUUUGCUCUAAAAGUUACUUCAACUAUACUGUGUAUUCAUAAUUUUCUCGACAUUUUACUUCUGGUUUUUUA